CCUUUCUUCGUCCUCAGCGCCUCGCCGGCUUCGAACGUGCGAUUCCUCUUGUCUUCCGGCGUCUUUUGACCCUAUUCUUAUUGGCAAACCUGAGGGUGUGGUCACUGCUCAGUCUCCCCCGAUCGCGAUCGCUCUUUUCGCCCAACACGGAGAGCUGGACAGAUUGAUCGACAGAGCUUGAAAUUCUCCGGAAUCGCAGUCAUGGCGCCUGAACGAGCUGGCAAAAGUGUUUUCCUGGGGAAUAUCCCCUACAACCUCUCCGAGGAACAGGUCAAGGACAUCCUCAGUACCGCCGGCACAGUCACCAAAUUUCGCCUGAUGAUGAACCCAGAGACCGGCAAACCAAAAGGAUAUGGCUUUGCAGACUUCGCCGACGCCGAUGCGGCCGCCUCCGCUGUUCGAAACCUGAAUGAUUACGAGAUUAUGGGUCGGAAAAUCCGCGUGGACUGGCCUCACAACAAUGAAAAGGACUCGGUGCCUCCGGAUUAUUCGCAGACCGGCCAGAUGCCCGGGCAGCCAGAUAGACAACUCGGAGGUCAACAGUCGUCAGCUCCGUUGCCUCCUCUGCCCCCUGGCGUGGAACUGCCUCCGCAUUUAGAUUGUCCAAACGCGAUCUCUCAGACUCUAUCCUCCCUUCCUCCCAACCAGCUGCUCGAGGUACUCUCUCAGAUGAAGCAGUUGGCCACCGUCGAGCCUGCACGAGCCGCCGAGCUCCUGCGGACAGCUCCUCAACUAGCAUAUGCCAUUUUCCAAGCACUGCUCCUGAUGAAUCUGGUGGACUACAACACACUCGGCUCGGUUGUGGAGCAGGCUGCGCAGCCGGCAGCCGCUGCUCCUCCUCCUGCAGCGCAAGCCUUCCAGCCUUUCUCGGCGGUGCCGGGUCAAAUCUCCACGCCUCCGAUGGCCAACACACCUUUCAACCCCCAGCCCGCACCGCAACCCGCAGCGCAGCCACAGGUCCCCAGCCAGGACGAACUGCUGCAGCAAGUGCUCUCCAUGCCGCAGUCGGCCAUCGACGAACUCCCCGCCAUGGAGCGGACUCAGAUCAUGCUGCUGCGGCAGCAACUGAUGCAAGGUGGAAUGCGAUAGAUGGACCGACUUGAGGGGGCGUUGUCAACUUCUUUGAUUCAGUUUCUUGGAUAAUGGACUUUGUUUUGAUCAGCAGAUGGGAUGGCGCACAUGGUUCACUUGCAAUUAUCACUCGGUUGUAUACUUAGAUACGUGGAAGAUAUCCCAAUAUUUUGCCUUUUCCUUUCAGCAAACAAAUGACUUGGUCAUACAGAAUACCAAAAUCAAUUCUUG